CCGGCCCCGCCCUCCCGGUGCGGCCCCUCCCUUGCGCAGGGGCCGCGGCUGCUACAGGAGAUCUGCUGUCGGGAGUCCCGUCGCCCGCCCGGCCUCAGGGCCGCCGCCGCCCCGUCAUGUCUGAGGCGGGCCAGGAACUUGUCCACCUGGUGUGGGGCAAGAAGGCCGGGCCCCGCGGACUGGCCGACACCAUCUUCUGCCGCUGGGCGCAAGGAUUUGUCUUUAGUGAAUCUGAAUCAACUGCAUUAGAACAAUUUGAAGGUGGCCCUUGUGCAGUGAUUGCACCAGUGCAGGCAUUCCUUUUGAAGAGGCUUUUUACCAGUGAGAAGUCUAAUUGGAGAGACUGUCCAGAAGAGGACCAGAAGAACCUUCUCUGUCAUACAUUAUGUGACAUUUUGGAAAUGGCUUGCUCUGAUAAUUCAGAGUCGUACUCUCUGGCAACGUGGAUAAGAGGAAAAACAACUGAAGAAACUGCUAGUAUUUCUGAAAGUCCUGCAGAAUCUAGUCGUCAAGAGGAGCAGCCUUCUGCCUUGGCUGUCGAAGAGCUUGGCUUUGAGCGAUUUCAUGCAUUAAUUCAUAAACGAGCAUUCAAAAGCUUCCCUGAAAUGAAGGAUGCAGUUUGGGAUCAGUAUUCGGUGUGGACAAACAGAUUUGGUGUAUUGCUCUUUCUGUAUUCUGUAAUACUCACAAAGGGUAUUGAAAAUAUUAAAAAUGAAAUUGAAGAUGCAGCUGAGCCAUUGAUAGAUCCCGUUUAUGGUCAUGGAAGCCAAAGUUUGAUUAACCUCCUGUUGACGGGGCAUGCUGUUUCUAAUGUGUGGGAUGGAGACAGAGAAUGUUCAGGAAUGAAACUUCUUGGUAUACAUAAACAGGCAACAGUAGGCUUUUUGACAUUGAUGGAAUCUCUGAGAUAUUGUAAGGUUGGCUCCUAUUUGAAAUCUCCAAAAUUUCCCAUUUGGAUACUUGGCAGUGAAACGCACCUCACAGUCUUUUUUGCCAAGGAUAUGGCUCUUGUUGCCCCUGAAGCGCCUUCGGAACAAGCUAGAAGGGUUUUCCAGACAUACGACCCUGAGGAUAAUGGUUUUAUAUCUGACUCUCUACUAGAAGACGUAAUGAAGGCUCUGGACCUUGUGUCAGAUCCUGAAUAUGUAAACCUCAUGAAGACCAAAUUAGACCCAGAAGGACUGGGCAUCAUAUUACUGGGUCCCUUUCUGCAAGAAUUCUUCCCUGAGCAGGACUCUAGGGUUUCGGAGUCAUUCACUGUUUACCAUUACAAUGGACUGAAGCAAUCGAACUAUAAUGAAAAGGUCAUGUAUGUAGAAGGCACAGCUGUUGUUAUGGGUUUUGAAGAACCAAUGCUGCAGACGGACGACACUCCUGUAAAACGCUGCUUGCAAACCAAAUGGCCAUAUAUCGAAUUACUGUGGACCACAGAUCGAUCACCUUCCUUGAACUGACAACGUAAAACCACGGGAUCUUUGAGGAAGAUACAAGGAGUGGUAUUACUUGGAAAGUGGUUUGUUUUGACUGUGUGGAAUUAUACACUGGUAUCAUUGAUGAAUUGUAAAUAAUGAUUACAAACACUUUUUCAGUGUUAAUUGGAAUAUUUAAUUUUUUUAUCAGAUUGAUUUCUAUUAUAAUAGUUUGUCUUUUUUGGCCACUGUAGUACUGUUAAUGUGAGUUAUCCUUAAAACAAAAAAACCCUAAAGUCUUAGCAUUAUUUUGCCAUCUCAUGAAGAUUUGAAAAAUGUCUGAUACUGCAGAAUCUGCAUAUUAGAUGUCAGAUCUUUAAAACAUGAAACAUACUCAGCUUCCUCUGAAUCAUAUAAGCAUGUUCUAUUAUUUAAAUUAUAUUGGCUUACAUUACAGUACCAUAAUGUGUGGACUAGACUGGCCUUUGCACUGGAUAUGUUUUAAUGAGUUUAAAUUUUUUGCAAUUUUACCUGAAAUUGAAUUUUACCUAAAGAGCUUGCACAAUGUCACAUCAAUAUGAUACAUCUUUAGGAAUAUCAGUAAGUAUAAUUCAUAAAUACUCUUUCUUGGCAGUUGUACAUUACUGUGGCUUAGUUAUCAGGCAUGUUAAAAGUGAGCAAAAUCUGAGGAAAAAUAGAUGUAUUAAUAUUUAUUUGAAUUUGUAUAAAAGAAAUGUAAAAACGGCGGAAAGAAUUUCUUGUUCUAUAAUCCUUUAACUAUUCAAACUUAUAAUAUUGCCAAAUACCUCUUUUCAGUUUGUCCAAACAGCAGUGUAAGCCAGCGUUACUGUAUGUGUUAAGUGCAUGAGAACAUCUGUUAUUACAUUAUUAUAUUCCUUUAUUUAUUAUCAACUUGUUAGCCCUAAAAUAAAAUCUUUUCCUUGAA